UCAUCGCGCGCUUGGAGUUUGUUUACAUCCCGUGAGGUUUGAGCUGACUUCAUGAGCAAUAAAAUCGCAUACACGUACAUUAUUUCAAAUAAAACCCUUUUAAUUUAAUAUAAGUAAACUUAUGAUGGAAGGCCCGUCGGAUCGCAGUGACAGCGGCUCCGGUUCUGCUCUCCAGGCGGUGGUUGAGCAGCUGCGGUCCACGCACACUCUCUCUCUGACCCUCACCGAGCCGCUGUCUUUGGCUGUCAUCGCUCUGGACCGCUACCUGAGCGCACAGCAUCCCGCCGCUGAGAGCUACAGCUACGACCUGACGGUAACGGACGGCCGGUGGCGGAUAAAGUGUCAGCUGGCGGACAGUCUGAGCCGGUGGCUGAAGACGGGCUCGCUGCGCUGCGGUGCCGGGGUCCUGGUGUCCCAGCUGUCGAUGGUCCACGACGAGACGAGGCUGAGUCACAGUUACAUCAGAAUAGACAGCAUCCACAGCGUCGUGGAGCUCCCGGAGAGGUUUCUGUCCAUUCAGGACGUGGGGAGUAUCCCUGAGUGGUAUCAGGACCAUGUAACCCAGUCCGAUGGACCCCUGCAGCUGAGCAGAAAAUAUUAUUUACCACUGUGGAUAAACGAUGAUCCUUAUGGAAGCGUUUGGGUUCCUUAUAGCCCACCGCCAGACGUGGUCAUUGAUGUGUCUAGAAUCACACUUCUGGCCGAUCUGGAAGCGUUCUUUCACAGCUCCAGACGACCUCUCCCACUGCUGGUCCGAAUUCUGCACAGGUCCAGGAUACGGUACUAUGGCAAACCAGGACAAAACAUUGACUUCCCGUUUCAGGUGUACUGUGAGGUGGCUGAUCAGAGUGGCGUCAUGUCUAUGGUUGUAUGGAAUGAUCUUUGUCCUGAAUGGUUCAACAGACUGACAGUUGGCUCAGUUCUAUAUUUGCAACAGUACUCAUUGAAACACAGUUAUCAAAACCGGUCUAGACCUCAAAUCCGCACACUCUCUCUUAUGACUUUCCACUCCAUUGAGAUUAGCCUGAAUCCUCGAAGUCCUGCCUCUGUAGUGACAGUGAUUCCUCCAAAAAGUGUCCAGCCUCAGUGGUAUCUGCCUGAUGUCCCAUACAACUUUGCCACAAGGUCAGAGGUGGACUCAAUGAAUAAUAACCAAGCCUGUGACAUCAUUGGUCUAGUGACAUAUGUGGGCCGGGUUGAGCGAAUUAGGAGCAAGGAGAAGACAGGACCUGAAAAGUUCUGGGCAUAUCGUUGGGUACAUGCAGUGGAUGGGACAACUGACUCACCAUUUAUUCUGGAGAUCUUCUCCUCAUCCCAGCCAGAGAUCUUCAACAACAUCUGCCCAAUGACGUAUCUGGUGUGCACCCAGAUGAGAGUGUGUAAGACGGGAUGUUCUGUGUAUCUGACCAGUAGUACAGAAACACAGCUCUUCAUCACAGGCUGUCAUAAAAAGCAGCCCUAUGUCAAUGAGCCAAAAGUUAAAGCAUUCAUUCAGUGGACUAAGACACUGAAAGACAGUGUCAUGCUGCGGAGGACUUCGGUUGGAGGACAUUACUGCUACCCUCCUGCACCACCCACCAACAGCAACAUGACCAAUGAGCUGAUUACAGCAGUGGCUGAUCUGAAGGGAGAGCUGCAGAGUCUGCAGUACAGAGAGCACAGGAGAGUGGCUGUACAGGGUUAUGUGGCUGCUGUGCAGUACCACGCAUGGCCACCACAACCUGAAACACCCCACAGUGAACAACAGCAGGAGGGUGUCUCUGUACGAGGAGUCAGUGACACUGGAGGUGCCGCUUCGCCUUCCACAGUGGAUGAGAUGACUCUGACACAGAGAGAAAUGGAUUCAACCUCACCUGAUUCUGAUAUUACAGUCUCACCCAAACGCAGGAGAGUGCAGACAGGCUCAAAAGGAGUGCAUCGGCAGUAUCUCACCAGAUCCAAAAUGCAGUCCAACAGGCAGGUGGCCGUUUCCUCUCAUGAAGAGGAGGAAGAAGAGCGGCAGGAUGAAGGGGAGUUGGAAUCAGAGGAAUCUGAGGUUGAAGAUGCAUCAGUUAGACAGCCAGCUGUGGGAAAAGAGAUUGUCCACACAUCACGAGUCCCAGACGUACAGCAAGCUGCCAGCCACCCCACUGCAUUAUGGGAGAGCAGAGUCUGGCCUUUAGUGAAACAGCAAGUGACCGAUCACUUUUGCUGUGGUAGACUCGAUCAGGAAAGCAUUCCUGAAAAAUUCCACUUUGACGACAGAGAAGUUCUACUGCAUCACCUGAACCUGAGCCCAGCCAGAUGGACACCUGAUCUCACCUCACAGACACACACGCACACACCUGUGGCCUGCACCGGCUACUUCACGCUCACGAUUCUGGGGCUGAAUCAAAGAGCCGCAGUUGAUGUUCAGUUUGUGCCUGUCAUCUCCCCUGAUGACCCCAGAGCUGCUGGAGUGCCACACACACAGCAUGACAACUCCCUGCUGUCCUGCAUAUCAACAGGACAACUGUGUGUGCAGCCAGAUGGUAGCUGCCCCGCACCAGAGUCAUUGAUGUGUUCUGCCCCUCAGCUGGAGUCGGAGCGCGUGUUGUGUAUUGUUGAUCUCUGUCUGCUCGGAGAACGCAGGGUAGAAACGAUCUGCUCCAAACUCUACAGGACGGCAGACAUCUGCCAGCCUGAUGGCACUCCGUGAGACGCCCACACGUCAUGAAAAUAAUCAUGCAAGGAAAAAAGUCAGUAAAUGGGGUGGAAAGGUGAUUGGUUUUUGUAUUAAUAAUAUAUGCUUGUUUGUAAUUUUGGAAAACAUUUUAGAAAAAUAAACUCAAACCCAAAAACAUUUUUAAAUACCUUUAUUUUUUUCUUAUGCUUUUCCGUUGCACAAGCAUUAAAGAUUUAUGUAAAGAAAGCAUAAAUUAAAUCUUUUAACAAAAACAUGUUAGUGCCCUUUAAGAAAUACUGUACAAAAUGGUGCUGGACAAUCCCACAAUUGAAAAGCAGUUCCCAGAGUCGUGUUUGAAAUGUUUUGAAACUAAAGACACAGCGUGCCGUUAACUAAUAUUUUCAAAUGGGUCAAGAUUUAACAGCUGUUAACAGAAAUUCAGACAGAUUUCCAAUUUCAUAGAUAAGAUCAGACUUGUUAUAUUUACUCCUAACCCAUGUAAAAUGUAUACAUCAAAUGUUUUUGAUCAUAUAAAAAGGUUUGUGUGUGUGGUCCAGUUUUAGAUGUUAUUUUGUCACAGUAUAAAAUGAGCACAGAAUUCAUGUUGCUACAGGAAUUGAGGUCAGAAAUAAAUCUGGAGAUUAAUCUAAAGGACCACAGGCUUUUUAUUAAAAUACUGUUGCCCUGGAUUUUCCUACAUAGUGUCAACAAAAUAUAGAUAAUGUGUGAACACAGAA